AAAACAUAACAGGAUUACACUUCACAAUUUCAGUAUUUUAUUUUCAGUGGCCUUGUGGAACAAUAUGUUUAGUUAGCAGCAUUAUCGACGUAUUUUAAUUUCAAUAAAGUGUACCCCGGAUUUUAUGAAUUACAAACACAUUAUCGAUGCCGUGCAAAACGGGCCGUCCGACGCAACGUCCAAACAUAGCUUAAUUGAGAAUACAUCUAUUCAGGUGAAACUUGAGCAUAACAUUGUAACCAAGAUCAGAGUCCUCCGAUUUAUUUUAAUUGCUCUGCUUGUUUUAAAAUAUUUGAAAACCUUAGUCUGACACGCGCUGUCGGUGUAAAAUGUCUGUAUUUGCCCGUGAGAUAGGUGUAAUUGAUACCACAUCCGUUUAAACACUGUGUCGUGUUCAAUGUUGGUAUAGGUACUCGUGCUGCCCGGAUUAAAUAUUUGUCAAGAAGAGGCGCAGUCUUAGAGCGGAGGGAUUAAUCUGUGAGCCGUGUUGAUCUGGGGAGAUAGGACCCGUCCUCACUACACGGAAUCCACUGAUCCGCUUCCAAUCCCGCUAUACAGCGAUGAUUCCUUAGCUAAUGUCAUUUCAAAAUCUUCUAUUUAAACACUAUAAUAGAUCCAUUCAGUUAUUGUUAAUGCAUUGUUUGGUAUUGCAUUCCCAAUCAGCGGCUCUUUCAAACGUGUUGGCGGGGUGAGCUAUCAUUGGAUCUACUGACACAAACAGGAGGGGUACGGACCCGGUAAAGCCCGGGACUACGAGAUCAGUGACAGGCCUCCACAAUCCAAAGGAACCCGGUUAUUCAAAAGAGAACUGAUUUUUUUUAACCUUAAUUCUCCGUCAGGACUAUCGAGGUAUAUCAUUUUCCUGGAUGUCACGUAUGGCUGUAUAUUGAGCCAUUACGGUGAGGGUUUCACGGUGAUUUGGCAGAAAGUAUUCGAAAACAUUGCCGAUACCCAAACUACUGAUUAGAAACUUCCGAAAAAUUACGGACAUACAUACUGAGGAAACACGGUGUUACACCGCGGGCGGAUGCUAACGCGGUGUGUACUGCGGGACAGGAAUUUUCGCAGAGGACGGGCUAUGUGACAUAAGUUCAUGCCACAUUGUAUCAAUACUUGUAUGUGACGCACGCUCAGGAACCUUACACUCGUGUAGACUGAAGGAGUAAAGGCGGCUAAUGAUGGCAGUAGAUAGGCAAGAGAUUGCGUUGGUUUUGGCGCGAAAGAGAGACGAAAAGGUUCUUCAGAAAGAACUCUCUACAAUAAAGAUAGAGAAACACAACUCUGCUGCCGACAUCAAGAGGUCCCAAAAGGAGAUGAAAAAGAGGCUUAAAAGAAUUAGAGACAGGCAAAGAGAAAUUCAGAGGUCACGGACGGAGAUCGAAGAGCCACGUGACGACAGUGGAAUGCCUAGUAUACCCGUGACAGUGAAAGCUCCCGCCAGACCCAAAACAGGACCGCCAUCUUUUUUGAAAAAUAGGGUCUCAAGUUUUUUCAAACCUAAACUUGAUCUGAGCGAGCCGGGGAGUGAGGUUGAUCCCUCGCUCGUCUCGGACCAAACAAAGUCUAAAAUUGACCUAAGACCGACAACUGCGCGUGCGCUACGGGAAGAUAGAGCUCUUUUGAGUCGAUGUCGGUCCGUUGGUAGACUUGGGACCAAGGCUUCAGAGUGCAGGUACUUUGAUGAGGACGAAAUAACGGACAGAAAUAAAUUCUACAAUGGUCUUCUAAGCAACUGGAAACAGACGGAAAAAGAAAACUACAAUAAUAUUGAAAUGAAAGUCGGGAAUUUCUUGGGACAGAGUGAAGAACUUUUGGAUAGGAGAGUGAAACGGUCCAACUUCCUGCGACAAACGGACAUCCCUGUGGUUCAGAAAAAGAAAGUAUCAACACCGGAAACACAUUAUACUCAGUCGCCGCAGGUCAAACCCAUCUCAGCAGGAAGUGACGUUCGACCCGCAGACAGAAUCUUUAAACACACCUCUCUUCCACAAAGGAUACUGUCCGCGGCUGUCUCUAGACCUAGACAAGCCGGUCCAACGGGGACUUCUCGCAUGAGGCCGAUGUCCCAUAAGUGACGACCAGAUGUGACUUCCAUGAAGUCAAAGAAAAGUUUGAGCCUAUGUGUCAAAUACAUGUACAUUGGUCUACACAGCCUCUAAUAUUUAAAGCCAAUACGCAUUUGUUUUUACACUGUUUUGUUUUGUUUCCUAUUUAAUUGACUUAAUUUUGCUAAUCGAAAGUUUUUUUAAUACAAAUUAAAUUUUUC